AGCUGCGCGCCCAUCGCUCCGCUGCCUCCUCUAGGCUCCCCCGACUUCCCGCCCCGCCCCGCACCGCCCCGCCCCAGAGCAGGUCCGGAGUGCCUGGUGGGCUGAUUCCGGAGCGUAGAAGGGAGCACGGAGCACGGAGGCGAGAGAGAGGCGGCGGCGGCGGAGGGAGGCGGGGAGGCGGGGGACCGUCCUCGCUGCUCUCCCAAGUCGGCGCGGAGCCGCCUCGGGCCGGGCUGAGGGCUGCGCGGCGGCGGCGGGGCCGAGUCAGGAUGCGGGGCUCCCGGGACCGCGCCGGGCUGGGCGGGCUGCGGCGGCGGCGGCGGCGGGUGGCGGGAGGAAGCUGUCCGCGGUGCUGAAGAGGCGGCGGCGGCGGCAGCAGCGGCAGGGACCCGGGGCCGGGAGCAGAGGCGACCUUCUGGGAGCUUCACCGAAGCCGCGAGGCGGGGGCGCCGUCGCUCACCGGCUCAUGCCGGGCCCCCCAAGCCCCGCGGAGGAGGUGGGACUGCCCUCUGCGGGACAGGGCAGGCGUUUUCUCCACCAGUUGUAAGCUCUGGAAGACAAAGUGUGCAUCUUUCUUCCUCUCCCCGCUUCCUGUCCUUCUCACCAUCGCAUCCCCAGCAUCUGUCCAGUGCCUGGCCAUCGCUGAUGCUCAGUAACUAUGUGUUGAAUGGAUAGAUGAAUGAACCAACUCUAUGAGGUAAGUACUGCCGCUAUCCCUAAUCUGCAGACAAAGAAACGGAGAUUCUGAGGAGUUGAGUGGCCAACUCAAGGUCCUGCGGCUGGCCGGUGGUACAGGCAGGGUCUAGAGCAAGUCAGACUGCAGUCUGUGCUCUUCACCACUUCCGGUCCUGCACCCAGAAUGCCGGCCUCGGUGUCUGUCUUGCUCUCCCAGCAGGCUCUCUGAGGACUGCUCAGCUGGCCACCAAGUCCUGGGGCUCUGGGGCUCUCCUCCCCAGAGCCGCCCCCAGAACCAUGGAGAGUCUGAGUGAGCUACAGAACCCACUGCUGCCUCAGAACCCUGCACACCUCCAUGGCCCCUACCCCUACCCCGAGGCUUCUCCCGCCUGGCCGUGCCGGGAGAAGAUCUACUCCUACCUCCUGGGUGGUGCUGGGCCUGCUCACGCCCACCAGCUCCUGGACCCAGGAUCCCUGCAGCUGGCCGUGGAGGCCUGGUACAGGCCCAACUGCCUCCUGGGGAGGGACAAGCUCAAGGAGCCCAGGGCAGACAGCUGCGAAACCAGCUUCACAGAGAGCAGGGAGCCCUCCGCUGGGCCUACGGAGCGGUCCACAGAACCUGGCCAAGCGGAAGAGGAUGUCCCCAUCCAGACUGUGUCCUACGGGGUUCAAGAGGAGCUCCAAGGCCAAGAGGACGACCAGGAGGAGGAGGAGGAGGAGAGUGAUGCAACCUCGACAGAGAGUGAAAGCGAAGACAACUUCCUUACGCUGCCUCCCAGGGACCACCUGGGUCUCACUAUCUUCUCCAUGCUCUGCUGCUUCUGGCCACUGGGCAUAGCUGCCUUCUACUUCUCCCAGGGGACCAGCAAGGCCAUCUCCAAGGGGGACUUCCGCCUGGCCAGCACCACCUCCCGCCGGGCCCUAUUCCUGGCCACACUCUCCAUCGCCAUCGGGGCUGGUCUCUAUGUGGCCGUGGUCGUAGCCCUGGCAGCUUACAUGUCCCAGAAUGGCCACAGCUAGUGGCCAAGAAGUCCUGGCGUCCUGACUCCCCUGAUCGACCUGAGGAGGCAGGGGGGCUUGGGGUAGCAGACUCUCUGGGAAGUCCUGGCCCCUGAAGACAGCUCAUGAGCCUGGCUUAUUGGGAGGAGGCCUCCCAGGCUGCAGCCUGAGGGGUGCAACCUUCACUUCUUCCUGCCUAUUGCAACCAGCCUAAAGCAGGGCUGGGAGCAUCACUCUCCAGCCCAGGCUAUGUUGGGAAGCAGCAGAGGGUAGGGCUGCCCACCUGGCCAUCCAGGCAGGACCUCCCUCUAGCUGGGCACUCUCCCCAUUCUGCUUAUUUCCUAAAGGGUCUCCUGCCCUGCAAGCACCCCACUACCCGACUCUGUUAACCUCUCCACAGAGAAAGAACAGAUUACAGGGAGGGAAAGGGAUGCCUGGGGAGAAGAGGAGCUGACCCAGUCCUUGCAGCCCACAGGCAUGUCCACCUGGGACACCCUAACUUUCCCCAACUCCACUCUCUGCCUCAUGAUGCCCAGACCUCAGCCAGCCGAGAGGGAAGUACAUAGAGACAUAGGGACCCCUUGGUCUUUCGGGUUCUGGAGGGUGCUUACCUCUCCUGUGGGCUUGUAAGACAGUGUAGAUUCUAGGCAGAGAAGGGACAUCUCGGGCGUAUAAACUCUGUGCUGAGGGCAGGUUCUUGGAGCAUCCCUGUGCAGGAACGAAAGGCAGAUGAGAUGACACAAAGCCUGGAGGGCCCUGGAAUAGUGUUGCCCCUGUUCCCCCAACAUCCUUUUCUAGGCUCCUCCGGGGGGGCUCUGAGGUGGCACCAUCCCAGGUAGACAGAGAGAGAGUGCCAUGAGCCCAGCAGCCACUGAGCACAGGACCCUAGACCCAGCCCUGUGGGAGCAUAGCGAGGAGACCCUGAGUAGUGAGUGAGAUGAGAGGAGGGACACAGGCCUGGCAUGGCAGCUGAGCAGCCCAGGAAGGCUUCCUAGAGGAGGUGAGCAAGGUCUAGAUAGAUGAAGAGAAUGUAUCUAAGGGAUACGAAGGGAUGACCCUUAGUAUUCCUGGGCAAGGAUGUGGCAGGAGCCUCCCAAGGGGGGUUCAGAGCUGUUUGGAUUAUGCCUAGAACAUCCAGGCUGGAGCCAAAUUGAGGGCUCCACCAACUCAAGGAAGAGGAAGGUCAGGCCUGUGUCUCAAAGGCCAGUAAUGUUUUCCCACCUCUGAAUGCUGGACCCCCGGUCAGCCUUGGAGCUUCUUCACUGGUACCCCGGCUCAGAGCUGCUCUUAACGCCCUCAACCUCUAGGAAUCCUCCAGAAUUCUAGAGACAUCCAGACAGGCAGGAGGAGCACAUUGUGAGGGCAGGCCUUUCAGAGUUCAAGCUGUGGACCUCAUCGUGCACAAUCUGUGGACCUGGUCAUUCCCGUCCCCCAUCCAGAACUCGGGGCUAUGAAUCCACCAACUUGUCCCACCAUCUCCCCUAAUCCCAGGCGUUACCCAGCCCUCCAUUCCCUGCAUCCCCUGAAGUCUCACAGGCCCAGGAUCAGCAGUUUUAAUGUCCCAUUAUUGUAUAUAAUUAUCCUUGUAAUAAACAUUUCUGUAAC